AAAAAACGCCAACACUAUUUAUUCUUUCUCCAUCACGCAGUCGCAGUGCACCAUCCGAUUCUGGGAGAUUUUUCUUUUAAUAGAAAGACCGCCGCAGCGAUCACGCUUUUCUCCGUAGCUACUAGCGAUUAGCGAUUUUCAUGGCCAUGGGUUCUUUGAACAACGACAACGACGGCUCCCGUGCUUUCGGAUGCUCUCCCGGAAUGGAGAAGUUCCUCUGCGACCGUUUGGGCGACCCGGCCCAGCCGAUCUCGGAGCGGUUUAGAGCCCUCUUCUCCCUUCGCAACCUCAAAGGUCCCGCCCCUCGCGACGCCCUUAUCCUCGCGACAAGGGAUUCAUCAAAUUUGUUGGCACACGAGGCUGCAUUUGCGUUGGGUCAAAUGCAAGAUGAGGGAGCUAUUCCAGCCCUGAUUUCUGUACUCAACGAUCUUUCUUUGCAUCCCAUUGUUCGCCACGAAGCAGCAGAAGCACUGGGUGCAAUUGGGUUGGAGACUAAUGUUCCUUUUCUGAAAAAUAGUUUGGUCUUGGAUCCGGCUCAGGAGGUUCGAGAAACCUGUGAAUUGGCUCUAAACCGGAUUGAGCAAAUGAAGAGUGCUGGAGGGAACGAUGAAGAAAGAUCGCCUUUUAUGUCUGUUGAUCCUGCUGCUCCUGCGUCUUCUUGCUCCUCAGUAGAUCAGCUAAGGAAAGUACUUUUGAAUGAAGAAAAAGGCAUGUACGAGAGGUAUGCAGCUCUUUUUGCACUUAGAAAUCAUGGUGGAGAUGAAGCUGUUUCUGCUAUAAUUGAUUCUCUGGGUUCUCAUAGCGCUCUACUGAAACACGAGGUUGCCUACGUACUAGGUCAACUGCAAGACAAAGCUGCUUCAGCUGCACUUUCCAAAAUACUUAGGGAUGUGAAGGAGCAUCCCAUGGUUAGACAUGAAGCUGCUGAAGCUCUUGGUUCCAUUGCAGAUCUCCAAAGUAUAGCACUUCUUGAGGAAUUUGUCAAGGAUCUUGAGCCUAUUGUCUCGCAAAGUUGUGAAGUUGCUCUAAGCAUGCUGGAGUUUGAAAGAUCAGGAAAAUCAUUUGAGUACCUUUUCCAAAAUCCUCUUGUGCAUUAAAUGGUCCAAGCUUUUCAAGUAUCAAUCAUUCCAGCUGUGCCAAUAUUUUGAAGAAUGAUCUGCAAGAUAAAAGAGAGUACUGGACCUGUGUUGCAUGACUCUGCUAACUUAUGACAUAGACGUGAACUGAGGUCACAAUUCGAAGGUCUAUCACUAAUCUGGUUAGGAUUCUAUUUCAGAACGUUGUUGUGAAACCUUCAAUUAAAUUAUCCCAUUCCCGUGGUUUCUUUGGGAAUAAUAUAGUAAGUGGCACUGUUGGAUGUAACAUAAUGAAUGUAUAGACUGCUCAUCAACAAAAGUAUUGCAAGGCGGUUCAGCAGAUUUCAUCAAA